AUGUCACCGGCAGCUGUGAAACCAGGUUCAUUAAAAGAUCCUUCUAUAGCUUCUUUAUUUUCAAAGGAAGAUCCAGAAAAUAUAUAUGAAGAUUUACGUGAAAUUGGUCAUGGAUCAUUUGGUGCUGUUUUUUAUGCACAAAAUGUUAAUAAUCAAGAAACAGUUGCUAUUAAGAAAAUGAAUUUUAGUGGUAAACAGGCGCAAGAAAAGUGGUUAGAUAUUAUUAAAGAAGUCCGAUUUUUAAAACAAGUUAAAAAUAAUUAUAUUGUGGAGUAUAAGGGUUGCUACUUGAAAGAUUAUACCUGUUGGCUUGUUAUGGAAUAUUGUAUAGGAUCUUGUUCUGAUGUUAUUGAAGUUUUGAAAAAACCUUUACUAGAAAGUGAGAUAUCUUCUAUAGCAUCACAAGCUUUGUUAGGAUUAAGUUUUUUACAUUCUUUACCCCGAAUACAUAGGGAUAUUAAGGCAGGAAAUAUACUUUUGACUGAUCAAGGUAUAGUUAAAUUAGGUGAUUUAGGUUCUGUAUCAACAACAUGUCCAGCUCAAUCAUUUGUUGGUACACCUUAUUGGAUGGCUCCAGAAGUAAUAAUGGCUAUGGAAGAUGGUUUAUAUGAUGAUCGUGCUGAUAUUUGGUCUUUUGGUAUCACAUGCUUAGAAUUAGCAGAACAAAAGCCACCUCUAUUUAAUAGACCAGCUAUGUCGGCAUUAUAUCACAUUGCACAAAAUGAACCACCAAAGUUAGGGAGAGUAAAAGAGAAUGGAGAGGAUGCAGGGUGGAGUGAAGAUUUCCAUAAUUUUAUUGAUAAAUGUUUACAAACAGAACCAAAAAAAAGAAUGACUUCUAAUGAAAGUUUAAAUCAUUCUUUUAUUGUUAAUAGAGGUGGAAGUAAUCUUCCUUCAACUGAAGUAAUACUAAAAUUAAUUAAAAAAACAAAAUUAAUUGUACAAGAACAAGAUAAUAGUCAAUAUAGAAAAAUGAGAAAAUUAAUGUACUUGGAUGAACAACAUCAUCAUCAUAAAAGUGGUAGUAAUGAGUAUAACAAUGUACAUCAGUUUAGAAAUUUAAAUAUUGCCGGUGAUACAUGUAGUUUAGAUAGUCAUGGUACUGAUGAUGAUAAUCAUUCUAAUUGCCAAAGAAAUAGUAAUGAAGAUCAUGAUUCUUUAUGUAAUUCAAUAUCAAGUUUACAAAGUAAUGAUCUUAACAAUGGAAAUGGGUCGCUAAGGAAAAUUAGUGGGCAGUCAAAUGAAUAUUCUUGUAGAAAAGAUUCUACUACUUCCUUUAAUAACAAAUCUACAGGUAACAACUCUGGAAAAGGUCAAAAUUAUUAUUCUGUAAAUCGUCAUGACAAUAUAGCUGGUAUUACUAUAGCUGAAUCAACUUCUGAGACAUGUACACCUACAAUAAUAUUUUCAUCAAGAGUACAAACAGGAGAUGAGUCAUCAGACAUAUCAACAUUUUCUGCACCAUCAACAUAUCCUAGAAUUUAUGGAUCAUUAAAAGGUAAGGUUGCUACUAUUCCUGAAGAUAUUCCAUUAACUACGGGACAAAUUUUGACGAGUAAAAAGUCGAAUGCUAGUAUAUCAGCUUCAAAUGAUGAUAGUACAUCAUCAAAUGUACUUGCAUCCUCUCAAGAUGAUGUUAGUUCUAAAGAAUUUUUGAAUCUUGAUGAACAAUCAUAUGGAAUUGAUAAUGAGAAAAUUUCACUUCAUGGUCCUUUAUCAUUACAUCGUUCACCACAGGAAAAAAUUAAUACAUUAAGGCGAUCUAAAUUUUCAACACUUCGUACUACAAAAAUUAUUUCAAAAGAAGUUGAUGAAUAUAAAAGAGAAAAUAAUAUGUAUGAACAAAUGGUUGGUUAUAAACGUCUACGUCAACAACAUCAAAAAGAAAUUAAAAUUCAGGAAGAUAAAAAUAAUGUAGAAUUAGAUGGAUUAAGAUUAAAAUUAGAAAGAGAGUAUGAUCAAUUGAUACAGGCUAGUGUUAAAGAAUUGAAUAAGAUUAGACAACAAGCAAAAUCACAAAUGGAUAGAUUAAUAAAGGAACAUGAAGAAGCAGAGAAAAAGAUGAAAAAACAAAAGACAAAUCUUAAUGAUUAUAAAUUUAAAACUUUCGUUAAUUUACAAAAAAAAGAAUAUAAACAUAAUAAAGAAAAACUAAAAGUCGAUUUAAAAGGUAGAGCUUUAACUAGAAGUGAUUAUGAAGCUGCACUUAAAAAUGCCAAAUUAAUACUUCAAAGAGAUAAAGAAGAAAAAGAAAAAAUAUUUUAUAAAGAACAACAAGUUAAUUUAAAUACUGAAUAUUUUAAACUUAAAAAAGAUCAUUUAAUAACACAAAAUAAUUAUGAGCAUAAAUGGUUAGAGGAUGAAUAUACUAAAAAAUCUUAUCAACUUGAAACAUCUCAUUCAUUAUUAAGGAAACAUCAUGAAUUAACAAAAGAUAAAGAAGUUAGGUGCCUUGCAAUGUUAGAAGAAAUCAAAAAACGACAUUUGGGUAUUCAACAUGACACUGAAUUAAAUCAUCAGACGGAUCAUAAUAAUAGAAUGAUAGAUGAUAUGAGAAAGAAACAUGCUUUACAAUCAAAACAACAACCAAAAGAGCUUAAAAAUAAAGAGAUAUUAAUAAGAAAACAAUUUAGACAUGCUGUUAAAGUUCGGGCAAAACAAUUUAAAACUUAUCAAAGUCAAUUAUUAGCAACUGUUGCCAAGGAGGAACAAAAAGAGUUGAUAAAUAAAUUGAAAGAAGAACAAAAAAGAAAAAUUGCUGCAUUGGCUGAUGAGUAUGAAAGAUCAAUUGGUAAUAUGGUUUCCGAACAAACAGUUCAAUUAGAAACUUGGCAAGAGGAGGAAGAAAAGAAUUUAAAUGAAAAAUUGAAAAAAGAUAUAAAUGAAUUGAAACAAUUUCAAGAGAAACAAAGAAAUAAUCUUGAAAUUACUUUAGAUAGAGAAAGAAAAAGUCUUUUUGAAAAAAUUGAAAAUAGACGUAUAGAACUUGAAGAAAAGAUAUCUCAAGAAAUUUUAAAUUUUAAUGAAGAAAAACGUCAACGUUUUUUGGGAUUGGAACAAAAACAACAAUUAAAGAUGGAUGGAUUGAUUGCUCAUGAGAUGUCUUUUACAGAUUCAACAAUGUAUGAUCUCCAAAGUGAAAGUAUAAAAGCAUCAAAUUCUCAGUUUUCAACUAUUCAUCAUUCUGGUAGUAAUGUUACAUCACCGUCAUCACAUUCAAGUACUGGCAAUAUUACAUCAACCCGAGUAUCAUCUACCUCUGAAUAUGGAUCACCAAUUGUCAAAACUGGUAGAAAUAGUGAUAUCACAGAUCAAACGAAUUUUUAG